CCGGCGGGCACCGAGCGGGACGGCUGCCGUUCCUCUCCUUCCUUCCCAGCCUCCCUCCUCGGCUCCCCCUGCCCUCGACCCCCGCGCUGCCGGGCGGGCAGAGCCGCCCCGCCGAGUCUUAGCAUCUUUUUUCUCUCUUCAAAAUUAAGAAGCUUCUCUGAACUCCAGUUCACCGUCUAGCAUUCAGAGGUUUUGGGGCAGCCUGUGUUGAACCCUCCACCACCCCUGCACGACUGGAUACUGUGAACAAGGACCCUGAACCCAAAGAUCCAUAUCCCAUUCCAAGAAAGAUUAUGGCUGAACCAGACUACAUAGACGAUGACAAUCCUGAGCUAAUUAGACCUCAGAAAUUAAUUAAUCCUGUGAAGUCAUCCCGGAAUCAUCAAGAUCUCCAUAGAGAGCUGCUUAUGAAUCAGAAAAGGGGUCUUGCACCUCAGAACAAACCGGAGCUACAGAAGGUGAUGGAGAAAAGGAAACGAGAUCAAGUUAUUAAACAACAGAAAGAAGAGGAAGCACAAAAGAAGAAAUCAGACCUGGAAAUAGAGCUACUGAAACGACAGCAGAAACUGGAGCAGGGCACAGCUUUGAAUGGUUCAGCUUGUGGGAAGAUUUGAUUUGAAACUGAGCUA